GGACUCAGAAUGCAGCACUAAAAGUGCGCAUGGGCAGUCUCUGCUUGAAUCCGAUUGGUCCGUUUUAAACUCGGACCGCGUUUGUGUUGUUUUGUUUAGCUUGACCUCAGUUUGCACACAAGAUACCGUUUCUGUCUCUUUAUCGGAUGCUCUAAGCACAACUAUCAGGAUGAUGGAAUCAUACCUGGACAACAAGGCUGACAAACGAGAACAGGCAGAUGUGGACGAUUUGAAGAGAGACCUCCCGUCACAAUUUAGCACUUUAUCAGACUCACAGCAUUCUGGCAUCGAGGAGAAAGAACAUCUUCAUGUCUACCUCCGCAUCCGACCCUUUACCUCCACAGAGAGCCAUAAUGGAGAGUCACAGGACUGUGUUACCAUAGAGGCCCCUGACACUGUUCUUCUGAAGUCCCCCAGGCUUAGUGUCGACAGAUCACUUCCACAGACUGGACAGCGCUUCCAGUUCUCUCAGGUGUAUGGUCCUGAGACUACACAGAGAGAGCUGUUUGAAGGCACAGUGAAAGAGCUGGUGAAAGAUGUUCUUGUAGGUGGACACUCUCUUGUUUUCACUUAUGGAGUCACCAAUGCUGGGAAGACCUUCACAUUUUUAGGUCCAGAGACUGAUGCUGGGAUCCUACCCAGGUCUCUUGACGUCAUCUUCAGCAGCAUUGAUGAACGGGUUUUCACUGGGAUGAGCAUCAAACCUCACCGUUGCCAAGAGUUCCUGAGACUCACCAGGGAGCAGCAGGCUGAAGAAGCGGCGUUCAAGAGAAACCUCUUUAGACAACUGAAAGAGAUUGAGAAGAGCAACGCCAGCAUGUUGAACUCCACCAGCUCCUCUGUGCUGGGGAUGACUGAACAGGACACAAUCAGGCUGGAUGUGGAAAUGCACACUAAGUUUUCUGUCUGGGUUUCUUUCUGUGAAAUCUACAAUGAAAGCAUUCAUGACCUCCUAGAGGUGGCACCCAGUGGCGCCCAGAGGAGGCCCGUGCUGCGCCUGUCACAGGAUGUCAAAGGCAACACCUUUGUCAAAGAUCUGUGUUGGGUUCAGGUGAAUAGUGCAGAGGAGGCUUAUAAGGUGAUGAAGCUGGGCAAGAGGAACCAGAGCUUCUCCUCCACCCGACUCAACCAGCUCUCCAGCAGGAGUCACAGUAUAUUUUCCAUUCGCAUUUUGAGGAUUGAAGAUGUUGGGAUUCCGAGAGUUCACAGCGUCAGUGAGUUGCUUCUGUGUGACCUGGCUGGCUCAGAGCGAUACACCAAGACCCAGAAUCAAGGAGAGCGCUUGAAAGAAGCUGGAAACAUCAACACCUCACUGCUCAUCCUGAGAAAAUGCAUUAACACACUUUGACACAAUCAGCAGGCCAAGCUGCUUCAGCAUGUUCCCUUCAGGGAAAGCAAGCUGACCCACUACCUGCAGGGCUUUUUCUGUGGUCGAGGUAGAGCCUGUAUGAUCGUCAACAUCAACCAGUGCGCCUCUGUGUAUGACGAGACUCUAAACGUCCUCAGAUUCUCUGCUGUGGCACAAAAGGUUGUGGUUCUGUCCACCAGGCCUCUUCCCACCAUGGUUCAGAGGCCUGCCACAGAGGAAUCCUCCAUCAGCAAUGCUGAGAGGAAGAGUCUUCAGGGCAGCAAGAGGAGCUCUCAGGUUGUCUGGGAGACUAGUCUGGAGGAUGUACAGGAGGAUGAGAAUGGUGAGUAUGAGGAAGAAGAAAGUCUAAUGGAGGAAUCCAUGGAUCAGACUGAAGGAGACAGCAGUGGAAAUGAUAAGAUACUCAUUAGUAAAAAGAUGAACCAGAGCCAGGUGACACUGCUGAAACAGCUGCAGCUUCAGCUGAAGGAGGAGAGAGCAGAGAGUCUGCUCAUGGAGGCACGAGUCAGAGAGGAAGUCAGCAGAGAGUUCUCAGAGCUUUUCUCUCAGAUGCAGAGUGAUUACAAUGAGCGUCUGGCAAGGGAGAGAGAAAUCUUGGAGGAGCGAGCAGAUAGGAGACUCGAGAUCUUCAAGAACCUAACUGACAAAAUGGCCAAAGCUGAACCCAGUCAAGAUACACAAGCCAUGGACAUCUCUCUGUUCUCCCAUUCUUCUGCUCAUAAUUGUUCGGGUUCAGGCCAAGCAGGGUCUCUGGGAGACAGAAGAGAUGCUGUAGAGGAGCCAGAGAGAGACAUGUUGGAGCUGAAUGAGCCCCAGAGGAAAGUCAAUGAGCACGUGGCUCACACACAAAAUGGUGAUGCCAGUGGAGCAGAGGAUGAGGAGAAAAGGAGUCUCCUCUCCCAGCUUCAGGAGCAGUUGUUAAAGGUGUCCCAGCUGGAGAAACAACUGGCACAGCUGCAGAAGGGUGCAGAGCUGGGCUCUCUGGGCCAGGAGAGAGAACGGCUGCAGGAGGCGCUGGCUGCCCUUGAGCAGGAGAAGAAAGCCAGAGAAGAUGGCCUUGUCGCUUUGGAGUACCAGACUAUGGGAAAGGAGGAGGAGAGGAAAGCAAAGGAGGAGGCCCUUGCCACACUUGAGGAGCUGAAGCGAAACAAAGACAAGGUGCUAGCAUCCCUUGAAGAAGAGAGGAAAGGCAGAGGAGAGGCCAUGGCAGCCCUUGAAGCUGAGAGGAGAGCCAAGGAGGAUGCCCUGACAUCUCUUGCAGAAGUGAAGCGAAGCACAGAGGAGGCACUUGCUGUUUUUGGUGAUGACAGGAGUGGUGAGGAGAUUCAGUCUGUUCUGGAGCUGGAGAGGAAGGAGAUCAGUAGGCUGGUUGAGGAGAAGGAAAAGAUGCAACAGGAGGUUGAUGCACUUCAACAGGAAGUCAGAGAGUUGACUAUCAAACUGGAAGCUGCAGAACACCAGGUGACCAGCAAGAUGGAGAGAGCUGAACAAGCUUUAGUCCAACUACAGUCUGGUCAGGCACAACUGGAUGAACACUCAGCAGAGAUCCAGGAGAAAACUUCCCAGAUCCACACCCUGAUGCAGGAAGCUGAAAGCCUGAAGGAGGAGCUUCAGCGCUCUGCAGGUAUCUGUGAUCAGCUGAGAGAGGAACUGUCGGAGCUUAGGAAGAAACUGGCUGACGAAACAGAGAAAACUGAGAACAAGCACAAACAAAUGUUGGAGCUGGAGCAUGAGCUGACACAGACAAAAAAGCAGCUGGCACACAAACCGCUGAGAUCUCACCAGCAGCUGGAACAGCUUACUGAGAAGCUUAAACAUCAAGAAAUUACUUCAAAUCAGCAAAUUGACAAACUGAGAAAGAAGCUUCAGGAGCAAGAAGAGAUGUUGCAGCAACUACCGAAAGAACUCAGGUCCAAGCUUGAAUACCAAGAGCAGGUUUCCAGAGAAGAAGUAGAACAGCUGAGAGCAAGUCUUGAGGAACAAACACAGACCUCAGAAAAGAAGUUGGAGAAGCUCAACGUGAAGCUGAAAGAGCAAGAAGUGAUAUCACAUCAGCAGCUGGAGCAGUUACAGCACAAACUGAAUGAACAGAAAGAAACCUCUGACAGACUCUUGGAUGAUCUGAAGCAAAAGUCCACAGAGCAGGAACAAAUUUUGGAGCUGCUCAAAGCUGAGCUAGAAGAAGCUAGGAUUAAAGGUUUGGCUACAUCCUCUAGCUCUGCUGCUGAGGAUCUCAAGAGUUUGAGCUCUGAUCUCCAGACUGAGGUUGCACCCCUGAGGGAAAAGGUGUCCAGCAUGGAAGAACCAAAAGAGUCUUCUUGUCAAACUGAAGCUCAGCUAGCCUCUGUAGAGAUGGAGAGAAUGUUAAAAGAAAGGGACGGACAGGUGCAGGAGAAGCUAGCGGAAUUGGAAAGAGAGUCGGCACAGAGAGAGGCAGAGCUGCAGAAAAAGUUCCUGGAAAAGGAAGCACUGGUAACAUCCUUGCAGAAGAGCCUGCAGAAAGUGCAGGAGCGGCAGGAGGAGGAGGAGUGCCGAGCGGUCCAGGAGGCCCGGCGCAGGGAGGUGGAAAGGCGCAGGGAGCUGCUGGCUGUGGCACACGAGGCCAUUGCUCAGAAGGACGCAGAGCUGGAGAAGAAAGCUGAGGAGAUCAGCAGACUACAGGAAAAUGCCAGGCAGGAUGCUGAUAAAAUCAAGAGCCUCAGCUUCGACCUUCAGAGGAAAGAGGAUGACUUGUCGGACCUCAGGGAGAAACUGGCUGACUACAAGAAGCAGAUCCAGCAGGUCCAGAAGGAGAUUUCGACCAUGAGAGAAGAGGAAAAGGCGUUGAGGCAGAAGCUGACUGACACGGAGAAAGCUAAGAAGCAACUUCAGUCAGACCUCGCCAACAGAGACAGAACCAUUCUGCAGCUCAGAGCGGACCAAUUGUCUGUCCCCAAGUCUGACCAGACACAUCAGCUCUACCAGAAGGCAUGUAAAGACCUCGAAGCCAAGGAGCGUGUGAUGGAGGACAUGCGUCUGGCUCUGACGGAGCAGGAGGAGACGCAGGAGCAGAUGGAGCAGGUUCUGGAGGAGAAACUUGACCUCAUUCAGGAGCUCUCCAGCGAGGUGGAGAAAUUGAAAGGGAAGUUGUUGCAGCAGGACAGCGGAAACAGUGCUCACCUUCAGGUCAACAGCCCAUCAAAUGACCUCAAGCUGGCCAAACAGGAAGCUGCCCAGGCUCAGGAAAGCUUGAAGCUGUGCACAGAGAAACACCAGGCCGAACGCAGAAAGUGGCUGGAAGAGAAGCUGUCCCUGAUCGGCCAAGCUAAAGAGGCGGAGAACAAGAGGAACCAGGAAAUGAGGAAGUUUGCUGAAGAUAGGGAACGCUACACUCGACAGCAGAGCCAGUUGGAGUCCUUGUCAUCCCAGCUGGCUGAGAAGGAGCAGACCAUGGCCAAGUGGAGGAAGGAGAGAGACACUCUGGUAGCAGCUUUGGAGGUCCAGCUACAGAAGCUUCUCUCCAGCCAAGCAGAGAAAGACAAACUCAUCCAGCAGCUGCACCAGAGUAACACACAGCUACCACUAGAGGGCGGUGACGGCGGCGCUGCUGUGGCCGAGCUGCAGGCUGCUCUGUGUGAGAGGGAGGCAGAGAUCCUACGGUUGAAAGAAGAGCUCGAGGCCCUGACAGCCAAACAGGGUAACACAGUCACACAGACUAAAAGCAAAGAGAGCCCCGCUCUGCUGGCUGGGAAACUCCAGAGUGAACAGUCUGCAGAAGGGAUGGAUACCAGAGCGUCAGUCAGCAGUCAGGGCUCAGCCAGCUGCCCAUCAGUGCUGGACUCCUCUGAGAUUUCCACAGAGAAACAGCAGGACAAGCCGCUUCCCCCGGCCUGAGCUGGAGA